GGACAUUUUUUGGUCCCCAUAAGAAAAACAACUUAUACUACUUUUUAAUGUAAAAAUUUUCUAUGAGGGGGGUUAGGGGAUAGAAUAUACAGUUUGUACAGUAUAAAUAGCAUUAUGUCUAUGGAAAGUCCCCGGAAACCCCACGUGUGUUUGUGUCUGGAGGAAGGAAAAGUACAUGAUCUCUCCAUAAUAAGGGAGGAUGACGUAGACACAGUCUCUAAAGUGGGGAGUGAAAAGGGUCCAGAAGAAAGGGCUCCAAGAAUAAAACUCGCGAUGCUAUAAUGAGAGAUGAAGACAAAUGAUAACUCGUUUCAUAUCCGUUUGACUGUCAUUACGGAGAUCUAAGAAAAAAUCCGUUCUGUGCUCAUAAGGAUAACAAAGUGACGCACAGAAAAGUUUAAAGAGCAGACUGGGAGAGAGAGAGAGAGAGAGUGAGAAAGAGAGAGAGAUUUUCAUCUCAUUGUCGUUGCAGUCUCUACCGGAACGCAUUCGUUCGCUGCCGUAGAAUGAUGACGAGCAGCAAAACGACUCUUGCUUUUCUCAUCUACGGGCUCCUCGUACAAUGCAACGUGUGUUCGCCGUUGAGUUACCCCAAUAUCAGAAUGGAGACUGCAGGAUUUGACGAGGAGGGAAACUCAUUAACGGAUCUAACCUUUGACAGUGACCAGAUCACUAUUCGAAGCUCUCCUUCAGUUAAUGAAGACGCAUACACGUUUUAUAGUCCUCCAUCGAAAAGAAUGGAAAGGCACGCUGACGGGAUGUUUAAUAAAGCCUACAGGAAAGCGCUUGGUCAGCUAUCAGCGCGAAAAUACCUGCAUACAUUGAUGGCAAAACGCGUGGGAGGAGGAAGCAUGAUAGAGGACGACAAUGAGCCGCUCUCAAAGCGUCACUCGGACGGGGUUUUCACGGACAGCUACAGUCGCUACCGGAAGCAAAUGGCCGUAAAGAAGUAUCUGGCCGCAGUCCUUGGCAAAAGCCCUGAAGACUUAGAUUUGCACCAAUUUCUACAAGACGAUGAGAUUGUGGCAUUUUUGUUCGAUUUGCUGAGACAGUUGCCUCCUGAAUUCCCGGCUUUGUGACACAGGAGGCAGCUAGCGGCUUGGGUGCCUUUGCUUCAUCUUUAAAAUGGCCACCAAUUUCAGAUGGCACAUUAGUGGCCCUACAAAUGCUGCAAUCACCUGCUCACACAUCUCCUAUUUCUCACAUAACAUAAUUUGUUCAAAUGCCACCUGGCUUUCCGGUUAUUCGAUUUAACUUCUCUAUGCAUAGUGUGUUGUAGCGAUCUGUACGGCAUUUAUUAAACAUUCUCAGCCUUGAAAUUCAUUUUGUGUGCAAAGACUGAUAGUGCCCAAAGCCUUACUUAAACAUUAAGAUAAAUCUUGUGUUGAUCGUUAGUACAAUAACACAUGGGAGCCACAGAAGGGCACCAUUAUAUGUGUAAGAAACAAAAAACAAAACAAACAAAAAAAACUGUGUUGUAAGAUUUGUAUGAAUAAAUUUUUGUAAACAACACUUUCGUCUAAUCUUUGAUGAUUAUGAAGAAAACAAAGUCCCCAAUAACACAAAUAAACACCCUUGGAUCAUAAAUACAUGUACAAUAAAUAUAACACACCUGCAAGUAAUG